AUGACAGUCAAUGUUGCUGGUGAACCGCGCUGUGCGAGGUGCGAUCGUGGAGACAAGGACACGUUUCGAUUAGUAGUACGAUCAGACGCUGAGAGCACCACACGGUACCUGUUUCACGUCCACCGAGACGAGAACUUGGAACACAUUCUGUUGCGAUUGUACAAGGAAUUCCCCAACGAAUGGAGGAAGGAUGUCGUGUAUUACUUUUAUGUGGAUAUGGGUGGCAGCUAUUAUCCUGUUGAGCAUGCAUUUUGGUUGAGAGAUCGAGAUCAAAUUCUGGUUACAACAGUCGAGGAUGAAUCACAAUUGCCGGAUGUUAGCAUGAAUGCAGUCCAUGCGCAGCUUCGACCCCACGUCCAAUUACAACCACAUCAACAAGAAGGCAUUGAACAAAUGAUUUAUAUGGAAAGGGCAUUUCGUGGUGGUAUCCUUGCUGACGAUAUGGGUCUUGGCAAGACGCUGCAAAUGUUGACAUUGAUCAUGCGACAACAACCAAAAUUGACGGUCCGGGCACCAACUUUAGUCCUUGUCCCUUCACGUGGUUUGGGAGAACAAUGGGCUGAGGAGAUUCGUACAAAGACGACCUAUGGAAGCUUAUUGUAUUUUAUAUACAAUGAGGAGACGCUUUUGCUUUUGGAACAGCCUUGUUUUCGUGUUGUUAUUGCCACAUACGAUCGAUUACGCAGUGAAUUCCGCAAUCGACAGAUAUCCGGUGUCAGUGCCCCACUCAUUGAUAUGGAAUGGCAUCGUGUUAUUCUUGAUGAAUCCAACAAGAUCCGUAGCAUGAAGUCCAUGGUCACAGAGGCAGUUUUAUCAUUACGAGCAAAGUAUCGAUGGUGUAUGACAGGCACACCUCUACAGAAUGAUCUUUCAGAGUUGUUUCCAUUGUUUGCCUUUUUGGAGAUCCGCAUUGAUGCACAACAAAAGAUGAAUGUCGAUUACAUUUCAGGAUUACUAAGGAAGCAUAUGGUGCGUCGAACCAAGGAAUCAUUGCAGACGAGCUUGACGAUUCUUCCUCGUAAAGAAAAUCGCGUGGUGCUUGAAUUUUCAGAUGCAGAACGAGCCUUAUAUGAUUACCUGGAACGUGUUCUCUACGCACGGAUCAAGGGGAACCGGCAAUAUGGCAUGGCCGGUGACUAUACAACCAUGUCCGCAGCAGCGGUUUUAUAUUUACGAUUGAAGCAAGCUUGUGGGCAUUUUCGCAUCUUGUUGGAUAAAUUUCCUGAUCUUAUUCCAAUGAUCCAAACACGUGAUGAGGAACAGGUGGUCGCCGCACUCGAUAAUGAAGAUGAAAAUGAACGAUCUGCUCGAGAAGAUGGAGAAACAGCCGAAGCAUUCAAUGUCAUUGAGAGUUUCUAUGAACAAUUUGGUGACAAUGUUGAAAUGCCGGAUCUUCAUGCUCUUCAAAAGCUGCCCUAUAUGCAUCAUUCGACAAAAGUUGGGUGGCUGAUUCGAUUCUUGCAAAAGACAUUGUUGGAAAACAAGUUAGAAAAGGUGGUAGUGGUGACACAGUUUGUAGAUUUGCUGAUGGUGAUAUCCGAUAUCCUCAGAUCGAUCAACAUUCGACAUAAUACUUAUCAUGGUGAUAUGAGUGGCGCAUCACGGAUGAUCAGCUUGCGUGAAUUCAACCACAGGCCUGAAGUGAGAGUGAUUUUACUUUCUUUGAAAGCUGGUGGUGUUGGUUUGAACCUUCAACGGGCUAAUCACAUGGUGAUUUUGGACAGAUGGUAA